GCCAAGGUGAGGGCCCCGAAGGGCCGCUCGCACGAGGAGGACGACGAGGACGAGGGCUUGGACAUCAAGAAGUUUAUCAAGAAGGGCCUGGCUGCGGGGCAGGCCCCGGCGGACCUGAUGCCACUGAUGAUGAUGAACAUGAUCUUGGAGAAGAAGGAUGGCAAGAAGAAGCGACGAGAUCGAGGAGACAAGCGCGAGGUCAGCAUCCUUGGUGGCUCGGACUCCGAAGAUUCCGACAGCGGAGGCGAGUACUUGGGGAAAGGUAUGAAGGCCGUCACCACUCUACAUCGGCUCCACGAGAGCAUCCGGCGCCGGCCUCGGAGGAUCAUAGAGCAGUUCGAGCAGGAAGUGCUGAAGGAGCUGGGGGUGGUCCAAGGGCAGCCAUGGACAUUGAGAGAUUGGGUGAGGAAGCAGAGCUGGGGAAAGUUCAAGGGGAUCCAGCGCUGCGCGGUCCAAGAUGUGGAGGUCUACGAGCUGAUCCGCAACAACGAGCAUCAGGCAGCAGUUGCCCAAGUCAUCCAAAAUCUCAAGUCGAAGGUGCAGUGCGUGCUACAGGGAGGAGAGUGGCAGACGGCAUGGCUACUCACAGGAUUGCAGGAUCCUUUGACGAGAAAAGAAUUCGGCGGGAGCCGAGAAGAGAUGGCGAUUGUCUCCUCUUACAUCAAGGCCCUACACGAUCUCAAGAAGAAGGUCAGGGAGAACCAGGCGGCCAACACCGGAGGCGACGACGACGACGGAGACGGUCAAGUUCUCCUUACUGAGGGUGCUUUCUUGGAUGCCCCGCAGGUGGUAGAUUGGUGGACCAAGGCCUUUGUCAAUACUUUUGUGGCCUGGGGAAACUUUAUCACUUUAGGGUGUCCUUCUGAAAGGGGCAGUGGGUACGAGCCGCGGGUGGGCUACAGAUGUCUUGCUGAUGCACGGGCUUUUGCAGACAAGCUCCUUGGCGAGGUGGAGGAAUUCGUUUGUCUUGAGCUUGCUUUGGGUCGCCUCGGUUGUGAUGGCAAGCGGGGAUGUAUAGAGCACUUACUGGGGCAAGUUCAUUGUACAGGUGCUGCGUGCUAUGCUGGCUUUGCCCAGGUUAAGGGGAAGGUUUCGACAGCUUUACCAGUUGUGGCGGAGCGAGUUGCCAUGCCGGAGCAGGCGGGCAAGGUUGAUCCAUGCGAGUGGUUGCCACCUGAUCGUGCGGAGGUGGUGCGGCACUUGGACCGGCUGCGGAAGCCGGAAGAGACGUGGGAGGAAGUGGUCGCUUCCUGUCACCGAGUACCUCCCGAGGAAGAGGAUGCUUUAGCUAGGAAGCUGGUUGCCCAUAACAUGGCAAUCCCGGUGCGUGAGGACCUUCUUCCGCGUGAUCGUGAUGGUCGCUUGCUGGUCGGGGGCUUAUUCUCGGUGGCAAAGAACGAGCUAGAGGACAGGUUGAUAUUUGAUAGGCGUCCGGAGAACGCCGCCAUGGAAAGGCUUGAGUGGGCAAGGCUACCGAGCGGGGCUUGUUUUACUCGUAUGAUGCUUGAAGAGGAUGAGUACUUGAGGGGUUCCGGGGAUGACCUGCGGAAUUAUUAUUACACACCUAGGUUGCCUGAAGACUGGAUCAAGCACAACGCGGUAGGUCGGCGGCUCUCUCAGUCAUUGUCGAAAGAGCUAGGGCUACCUGAGGGAGUUCAUCACCGACUUUGCUUCAGGGUUCUUGGCAUGGGCGACGUGAAUGGAUGUGACAUUGCUCAGGCCGUGCAUGAAGCUGUUCUUCAGAAGCGUGGUGUCCUCAGCGAGGGUUCGGCUCUGAUCUAUGGUACUCCGGUCCCACGUGGCCCUUCUUGGGAGGGAGUCUACAUCGAUGACCUCCUCAUCUGCCAGAAGUGCCGAGUCUCAGACGUGAUCCCCCAGGAUGGUUCCUUUGUUGCCCCCCCGCCUCAGGAGGACGACGUGGACGUCCAGAAGGUGGCUCAGGCGGAGAUUGCAUAUGAACAGGCCGGACUUCUUCGGGCAGUACAUAAAGCUUUCCGUUUUGAAACCCGAUUCAAGGCAUGGGGAGCAGAGAUCGAUGGCAUCAAGGGCCAGGUCGGGACCCCAUUGACAGUGCGGAGACAGUUGUGGAUGCUCCUGCAUAAAAUCGUAGCUACUGGUUGGUGCUGCCAGGAGGUCUUGCGUAAGAUGCUGGGGUACUUGUCCUACGUGUUUCAAUAUCGACGUGAGCUCUAUUGUUUGCAACAUCAUGUGUAUAGAUUCAUCUCGAGCAUGCCGCCAGAGGGAUGGGUCAGGUUGCCUGCGUACAUCCUGGACGAGUUGCGUUCCUAUGCCUUGCACUUACCAUUCUCCUUCUGGAACAUGCGCAACACUGUGAACCCCACGCUGAUCGCCACUGACGCUACCCCGACGACAGGUGGAUCCGUUUCGACGAGGAUGCCCACUUCUUUGGCUGAGGAACUUUGGCGCCUCUCUGAGAUGAAAGGGGAAGCAGUUCGGUUAGAUGGUGAUUGCAUUGAAGAAUUGUGCAUGGAGGAACCGAGGGAGCCUUCUUUGGUGGCGAGCAUCGUGGGCAAGAGCAUGCAUUGGAAGGUUACGGGGUCGUAUACAUUUCGGCAAACCUCUCAUGUCAACCUGCAGGAGCUUCGAGCACUUCGCCGAGAGUUGGUCAGGAUGGCCGCCGCUGGAGAACAUCAAGGCACCGUGGUAGUGGCGCUAAAUGAUUCCAGAGUCGUGGUGGGAGCCGUGUCCAAGGGCAGAUCCUCCAGCUUCAAGCUCAAUGGCAUGUUGCGUGGGUUACUUCCUCAUCUGAUUCUGGGUGGUGUCAGUGUUGCCUUAUUGUGGAUCGAGACAGCGGCAAAUCCGGCUGACUACCCGUCCCGAGGUCUGUCGCUUCCCCCUCCUCGUCGUGCACCAGGUUGGCUGCGAAAGCUUGGGGUCGCCCGGAAUUGCAUCAUAAAGGGGCUGGAGGUCUUUGCCGGGGUUGCGGGCAUCACGAAGGCUCACCUGGAGGCGGGUUUUGACAUGGGGCCCCCAGUUGAUGUCCUGUACGGACUGGACGCAAGGUCGGCUUGGAUUGAUGAGCAGAUCGAGGCGGGUUUGCUAUAUUGGCUCUGGUUGGCUCCACCUUGCUCGAGCUUCAGCGCCUUACGUAACUUAGAUGCUGGUGGCCCACUACGUCCCAAGGAUCACCCAGCAGGAAAUGAGUCCGUCCCGGAGGUGGCCUUAGGGAACGCUUUAUGGCGAAGGGCUUUGCAGUUGGCAUGGAAAAUCCUGAAUGCAGGCGGCUACUUCUUUUUGGAACACCCACGGGGAAGUAUGGCCUGGGCCCUAGCUGAAACGCAGCAACUCAUGUCACACCAAGCGGUUUACAUGAUCACGUUGGACUUCUGUGCUUACACCGGGAUUGAGGGCGUCCAUGGAACACAGAAACCCACCAGACUGCUCACUAACGCACCAUGGGGACGUGGGUUGGGCAAACGCUGCCCAGGAAACCAUCAUCACCCACCGGCAUUGAGAGGGGCCCGAGCUAAAGCGGCAGGCGCAUAUCCUCCAUCCUUUUGUGCUCAGCUAGCGAAUGCCUUCGCGUGUUGGGCGGCUACGCAAUGCUAA